AUAUUUUGAUUUUGAACUGUCUCAAAGGGACCAUGAAACCUUAAUAAAAGCAACUUGUCUUCUUACAUUCUAUUAUCCUCCAACUCACUUCUACUAGACCACCACCCCCCCCUCUCCUUUUUCUUUCUCUCUCUUCCUUUUUCUCUCCUUGGCUGGGUCCCAAUCCCUGCACACACAGCUGGUUCAUUAUUAAAUCUUCCUCAACCAGCAACUUCAACUUCCUCGUUCCCCCCCUUCAUUACCCUCGUAACUCGUAACGGCUUCAUACCCCUUUCUUUUCCUUCGUUCAAGUUAGAAUCUUUUGCUUCACUCAGUGAGCCAUGGAUGACGCUGAGUUGGACGCCGCGUUCGGGUUUCCGUCUGAGUUCCCCUACGAGUUUGACUCGGUUGGGGCCGAACCGGCUGAUUCCGGUUCGACCGGAACCGAGAGCAGCGACGAGGAAGACUUCUUCGCCGGGUUGACUCGCCGGCUGAGUCACACCUCACUCAAUGAAACAAGGAAGGAACAACAAAAACUCAAUGUUCCCAUCUGCAACAGCGACAAAACCGAGAAUCAGAAGAUGAUGGCUCGCGGUUUGGCCGGGUCGCCUCAGUCUAUACUGAGCGGAAUCGGAAGCUGGUCGGGUCGGAGCGGAGGGUCCGGCGACGGAAGCCCGAACGGGUCUUCCCGUGUUGCGUCGCCAACCACGACGCCGUUUGAGGGCUCAAACGACGCGUUGGAUGUGCUGUAUGCAGCUGCAGGGCAAGUUGCGAGGUUGAAGAUGAACGACGAAGUCUCUUCGAAGUUCGAUUUUCAGAGCAGGGGAGUGCUGGGUGGUCUUCCUCCACCUGUUGCGGCGGAGAACGCGUUUUUUGCAAACCAGGGUGUUUCUCAGGUUCGGUACCAGCAAGUGAGAACAGAGCAGGUGCUGAAGCAGCAGUGUGGUUCGGUUUGGGGGAGGCAAGAGAAGGCUAAUUGGGCAACUCAGCAGCACCACCAGCCCCAAGUUCAGAAUAGGGUUCGUGUUUUGCGUGAGUUUGGGUAUGACUAUGAAGCUGUGAAUUGCACGCACGUUUUGCCUCACUCUGCAUGGCACCCUCUUCAAGUGAAGGACCAGAAUACCCAACAGGUGCCUUAUUUCGGAUCCGGGUCGCGACCCGGGUUGCAAGGUGGAUCCGGUGUUACUAAAAGGGGUUGCGCUGGAACAGGGGUUUUCUUGCCUCGUCAAUAUGGGGCCCCUCCUCCUGAAUCUCGCAAGCAAACAGCUGCACCUGUUUUGGUCCCAGCUAAGGUUAUUCAUGCUCUGAACCUCAAAAUUGAUGACCUCAAUAGCCAACCACGUUUCUUGGGUGCUUUUGACGUGGACUAUGAUGCUUUGUUAGCGAGGAGGAAUGCUCUUCUCUUGCAGCAGAAGUUAAGCAUGCUGCGAGAAGAGGCAGCUAACUAUGAAGCUCUUAGCCUGCCUCAAGAAUGGACGUACUGACUCCUUUGAUAAUAGUGUUCAUUCAAACAAGAUUCAAUUCCUAUAAGUUAAUCCUUGCUGAAGAAAGAAAGCUAGUGAAAUUAGUAGGUUUGUGAUAGGGAAGUUGGUUUUUUUAGUUUUUUUAUGGUAUAAAGAUGAGAUUCAAGAAUGUGUUUGGGUAGUUUAGGGGCAAUAAAUCAUCCGGUUUUUUGAGAGAGAUGCAGCUUUUGGGAUCUGUUGUUAGUUGAAGAAACAGUGAAAGAUAGUAAGCAGUUUAGGGGAUUUUUUUUUUAAUUUAAAUCUAUGAUUAAGAAUAUAUUUAUUAUUUGUAAUAAGUGGGGUUCGUUUUCUUCCAUGUUAAUGUUAAAUUAAUGUUGAUGGAAGAAGGGUAAAGGGCUUAUUGUGUUGGAAGAGAGGGUUCAAAGUCUAGCUGGGAAAAAGUGUUAGAAGAUUGGCCAUACUCUUUGUAAAAGCUCUUGCUGGUAAUAGAAUAGUAUUUAAUAAGUUAUACAAUAUAUGCAGGAAAGGCAAGUCUUGUGUAAUUCCUCAAAAUCCUCCGUGUCUCUAUCCUCUUACUGUUGAAGGGUUGCAUUUUAAGCUU